GCGUUGGCUGCCGAGGGUUUUUUAGACAUUGAUUUCGACACAUUGACUACUGUUCUCGAAAGAGAUACUCUUCGGAUCAGAGAAGUGGUUCUAUUCAACGCAGUGGUCCGUUGGGCCGAACAGGAAUGCCUGCGCAAGAGUUUGCCCGACAAUCCUGACAAUCAAAGACAAAUGCUGUCUCGCGCUCUAUAUCUGAUCCGAUUUCCGCUGAUGACUGUCGAAGAGUUCGCUGUAGACGUCGCUCAGUCCGGAAUACUUACCGAUCGAGAAGUGGUCUCGCUAUUCCUAUUCUUCACAGUAAACCCGAAGCCGACGGUUCCCUUUCCAGACAUCCCUCGCUGUUGUAUUACAGGCAAAGAACAGGUGGUUUCCCGCUUUCAGAGGACCGAAAGCCGUUGGGGUUACAGCGGAACCAGUGAUAGAAUCCGGUUUACAGUCGACCGACGAAUCUUUGUGAUCGGUUUCGGUCUCUACGGCUCGAUUCACGGGCCGUCCGAUUACGACGUGACCGUUCAGAUCAUACACACGGGUUCCGGCAAACUGUUGGCCUCCAACGACACGACGUUCAGCUGCGACGGAACGCCCAACACUUUCCGCGUGAUGUUCAAAACGCCGGUUGAGAUCAACCCCAACACCAACUACACGGCGUGCGCCACACUUAAGGGCUCGGACUCCCACUACGGCACUAACGGGAGCCGUAAAGUGGUGUUUGAUUUGUCCGGUUCUGUGGGUAAAGUAAUAUUUCAGUUCAGUUACGCCGCCGGUUGUAAUAACGGCACGUCUGUAGAGGACGGACAGAUUCCGGAGAUUAUAUUUUAUACAUAAAACUAUAUGAAUAUAUGUUGGUUUGAAAACACAAUUAUUUUUGAAAUAUUGAUUGCAAUAAUCAGUUAUUUUAAAAGAUUUUAUUUUACUUCUAAUCACUUUUGAUCGGAUAAUAAACAGAAAAGUUUCAAAUUUUAAUGUUUUAUUUUUAUAAGUAAAACAAAUAGUCUUAUUGUAUGUUUUAAAAUGAUUGUGAUAUUACUUCUCUACCUAUCUAUUUAUCAGUAAUUUUAAUGAGAAAUUAAUUGAUUUUUCUUAGUUAUCGGCAAUAUUUCCGUUUUAAUCAAAAGAUAUUUUUAUUCCUAAUGUAAUGUAUAUUUGAGUUAAUAUUCAAAAUAUUUUUAAUUUGAUUAAUUGAAGAGUG